AUAUUUUUCAUUUUCAUUUGAUCACUACAGUUUUUGUGUUUGCGACUGUUUACUUUAUUCAUAAGCAAAAGAAACAAGUACAUAAAUCAAGUUAUCCAACAUGAAAUUUUUGGUUUUUGCGUUUAUUCUCGCCUUCAUGUGCAUUGGUCAGAUUGAGAGUCAACAAUGUCACCUUCGAGAGCUUGAUCUUUGCGCUGCAACUUUAUUGGUUUUUACCAAUAAUCCUUCAGAUGCUACUGGAACUGACGAAGAAAUUGAGCGACAAUGUGGAUUUAUCCGUGAAGCCGAGGAAUGUCACAGAAACUUUACCACCCAAUGUGCCACAGAAUCUCAGAGAGAAUUAAUUGAAUUCCUUGGAAGUGGAGUUAAAAAAGUUGCUGAUGAGUUCUGUACUGCUGGAACCAAAUUACGGGAAGACUACAAGAAACAUGCUAAAUGUGUCUCCGAAUCACGAAAAGACUCAAAGACAUGUACAAAAGACUUGAAAGCAGCUCUGGAAAUAAUCUCUGACAUUCAAUGGGACAAACGUAUCUCAACCAGUUGUUGUGCCUUUAAACGUUUCGAGGAUUGUGUAACCACCAAUCUACGAACCAAAUGUGGCGAUGAAGCUGUUGAAAUUAGCCGUAAAUUGGUACGUCUGGCUGCAUCAAGAUUACCCGAGAUUGUCUGUCAAUCUUACAAAGGAGACAAAUGUACAGGUUUACUUCCACCUUCUGGAACUGCACCGACUGGAGCUAAAUCGAAUAGUAUAUUGUCAAGAGUUUUCUCAACUUAUGUUGGAAAUCAAGACUAAAACGCUAACCAACUUGUACCGCCGAUCACUGGGACCAAUUCCUAUCUUGUAAUGUUGUGUGUUACAUUAUAUUUAUUUUUUAUCCAUUCCAGUCAAUAUUCCCAAAAUGAGACUUCAUGGGCUCAUCACUUUGGCUUAUUUUCUCACAGGUUUGAUAGUUUGUGUUAAUUUACUGUCAUUGAAUCAACAUUGAAUUUUAAUCUGAUGAAGAUUCCUCCUGCACCAUUCUAGGUUAGACCUCUAACUAUCGACAAACUAGUCCCGAACAAUAAUCCUUGACGAACAUCAGUUCUAAACUUGAGCUAACAGACCCAAUCAGGUUAAAUUUUAUUAGCGACCUUAACAAAGUCUCAUUUUGGGAAUAUUGAUUGUGAUUGUUAUUCACAAACAAAUCAUGUCAUCCUUUUUAGUUCCUGAAAAUUAUUUUCUCCCUUUACAUUAUUCCCAUGUAAUAACUUUUGGAUAGUGAUUCAAUUUUAAUAUUAAAUAAUUUUUUACCAAAAUCUUUAAACCAUAU